AUGAGCAUGUGGAAAGGCAAGAAGGACGCGCAGAACGGUGACCAGCUGGAGCCUGAAGUACCUCAAGACGAUGGAGCUUCAGGAAGAGCUUCCAGGAGAAGCUAUGAGCCUUCAAGACGCACUGUCGAGUCUCACGAGGAACCCACUGAGCGCACAAGACUGCUUGAUCGUCCCAGGCCGCCUCCCAACGCCGAUGGCUACCUCGACCCUGAUGACCCAGCUGUAUCGCCCUACAACCUGUGGACGGUACGUGCUAUGCGGUACCUGACAAUCCUCUUCCUCAUCAUCACUUUCCUGUGGUGGGUCCUGCUGUUGGUUUCCAUCUUCGUCUCCCCUCCAGGCCUACACAGCCGUGGAUCUGGGUUCUUCGACUUUGCCUACACCUGUCUCACGCUUGGUAACCUCCUCGUGGUCACUGUCUUCUUCGUCACUCCUGCCAAGGGCCUGCGCAUCACCACGGCCAUCAUUGCUGUGCUUUUGGCCGUUGACAUGAUCAUUAUUCUAGCAGUUCCACGAGUCAGGCUCGAGGAGGGUUGGAUUGGUAUUGCGAGCGUCGUCUGGGCUCUGCUCAUGUCCAUCUGGUGCAUUGCGACCGACCGCGUUGUCGCUUACGGCAAGAAGGAAGAAGAGGAGCGCCUUACUGGCCGUCCCGAGUCUCGUCGCACACUGAAGGAAUGGCUCGCUGUCCUCGCUGCAACCAUCCUCACGGUCGUCUUCAUCGUCAUCGUCCUCUUGAUGACCGCCACUCUUACCGUUCGUUCCAUCGAUGCCGGGCUCAAGAUGUACGGCGACCGCAUCCUUGUUGAUGGCGACAAGUACGCUGUACACCUUGCUUGCGUCGGUAACGAGACCAACACCGCUGGCGAGAAGGUUACAACCAUCCUCCUUGAAGCGGGCGAAAACCCGUUGGAAUAUGACUUUGAGCACUGGGCAUACGCAGCCUACAAGAACGAGACCAUCGACCGCUACUGCUACUGGGAUCGUCCUGGCUACGCCUGGUCUGACAAUGCUCCAUCGCCGCACUCCGCUGGCAUGUCUGCUGAUGCGCUCUCUGAAGCACUUGCAAAGUCUGGCGAGGACGGUCCUUGGAUCCUUGUCUCUGCCGGAACCGGCAGCAUCGUGUCUCGUAUCUUCAGUUCUCGUCACUUGAAGCAGGUCACUGGUAUUCUUAUGAUCGACCCCUUGCACGAGGACCUCCUCCACCGCCUCUCCAGCCCCAGUCGUGGCUUCCUCCUCUGGGCAUGGGGUAUCAUCUCCCCUCUCGGUACCGUCCGUCUCGCUGGCGCUCUAUUUAAGGGCCGCACAAGCGCCGACCGCGUCUACGGCCGCAACGCAUACCAGUCGGGCAAAUUCAUCAAGGCUCAGCUGCAGGAGAACCUCGUUGCGGACUCUCUGUCCAAGAACGAGGUCGUUUCUGCCAGGAACAUACAGAGCGCUGAUACACCGCUCGCUAUUGUCAGCAGUGGUAUCGAGUGCCGUCGCGACUCGGAGUGGGAGCGCAAGCAGAAGGAUCUGACUACCAUCACUGACAACCUCGUCAGCUGGGACAUCGUCAAGAAGACACCUCACGAGGUCUGGCGCACCCUGGAGGGACGUGAGCAGAUGGAGAACAGCUUGCACAAGCUCGUCAAGGCUGCUCUCAAAGUCAAGACUCCUACUGCGGAGCAAGAGUGA